AGGGGAUCAGUCGGCGGUGAGCAAUCGCAGGGGCGCCGGAGAGCUCACCGGAAUAGCGCUCCCGACGAGGACUCACGACGACGAAGACCUGACGGGCAUCUAGGCACUACGGGGAACUCGUCUAGAAGCUCGUCAACGGCAGCGGUGCUCGGGGCGGUGCCAGACGGCAGUCGGGGAAGACGAUGGCGGCGCGGAGAAUUUGGACUGCACCACCCCCAACUACGCGUGGUCGACCCGCACGGAAAAGGGGCCUAGAACUCCUGGGCUACUCGGCACGAAGGCCGGACCACACACAAGGGCAUAUGCGCGCCGGCGACGACUAUGGCACGGCGGCGGAGGACCCAACGCACGGCUGCACGGGUCGCGCGAAGAGAGAGCAUGCUAACGACAACCCGCUAGUUAGGAGGGUGCGCGAGGGGACUGAGAUGCUGACCGAGCUUGAAAACGGCUAGAAGCUGGACGGCGGUCGGCGAAGCGACGUCGAGCUGAACGGCUCAAGCCCACACAACAAAAUAAGGUCACCUCCCUAGGGUUUGCUUGCGUUUCCCCAUUUUCCUCUCGUUCGUAGCAGGGCAGAGUAGGUAGCCCCGCCCGGCGGCGCCGGAGCGAUUUCCUUCGCACCUUGUAUGAUUCUCAAUUUCGAAUCGAAAUUAAGUCCAAAACCAAACCAAAAACAGAGAGAGGGAGGUGCCGCAUAUAUAUGGAUAUAAAGAUAGAGAUCUGGGAGGGGGAAAACGGAACUGAAGUGGUUUCUCGGCGAGAUCCCUCGGGAGGGAGGUAUCGUCGUCUACUCGUACCAUGGGGCUGCUGGCGCUCCAGCGGCUCAUGUCCCUGCAGCGCGACCGGCAGCGGCGUCACCGGCAAAUCCGAGUCCAGAAUGGAUCCAUUGCUUCAGUGGAUAAAAGAAAGGGCUCGCCCUGUCAACAAGAUGGUGAUGGUGAUUCUCAAGCUGCCAAAAUAAUGAUAUGUUCAAUCCCAGACCUUCCUGAGGAUGUCUGGCGCCAUAUACAUGCCCUAUUGCCAUUGCGUGAUGCUGCUCGCGCUGCUUGCCAGUCUCACGCCUUUCUACGUUCCUGGAGAUGUCAUCCGAUCCUCACCUUGAAUAGGAAUAUCCUUGGCUCAAAUGCAACAAAUGCGCGUCAAGAGGAUUUCAUCUGCAAAAUUAAUCGCAUUCUGAGGAACCACUCAGGCAUUGGCAUUAAGAUAUUCAAGCUUCAAUUAUUUGGUAUUUUCGAUGCAUGUCCUUAUCUGGACAGUUGGCUUCAGAUUGCUGUUAAACCAGGGAUUGAAGAACUCACCCUUGAGCUAUGUAGUAGAUGCAAGAUAAAGUACAAUGUCCCAUGCUCACUUUUAUCUGAUGGGGUUCGAAACUCCAUUCAGUAUCUUCGACUUGGCUUUUGUGCCUUCCGUCCCACGGCUGAACUUGGCCCCCUGAGAAACCUAACAAGUCUGUCCCUGUAUUUGGUUCGUAUUUCGGGGGAGGAGUUAGAGUGCUUUCUUUCCAACUCUCAUGCUCUGGAGCAGUUGGACCUCAAUGAUUGCAAGGAGAUAAUUUGCCUGAAGAUACCUUGCGUGCUGCAGCAACUCAGCUGCCUGAAGGUUUCUAGUUGCUUUAGGCUGCGUGUGAUAGAGAGCAAAGCUCGAAAUCUCUCCAGUUUUUGCCUUAGGGAAGACAGGGUAGAACACCUCUCACUUGGAGAAACAUUGCAAAUGAAGAACCUGAGCAUGCACCGUUCAAACCUUGUCUGUUAUGCUCGUACUGAGCUGCCGUCCAGUAUGCCAAAUCUUGAGGCUCUUAGCAUUAGUUCGCAUUAUGAGGGGGUCAAUACGCCAAUGCUGCCUACCAAAUUCCUGUUCCUCAAGCGCCUGACUAUUUCUCUGGUUACUGGAUGUACCUUUUGCCCAUACUAUGAUUAUUUUACUCUGGUUUCUUUCCUUGACGCUUCUCCUUCCUUGGAGACUUUGAUCUUGGAUGUAGCGCAGGAACGUAUGAAGCAUGAGUCAGUUUUUGGAGGUUCGCCACAGUUGAGACAGAUGCCUGAACACCGCCAUGGGUGCCUGAAGAUUGUGAAGAUCACUGGCUUCAGCUCUGCCAAGAGCUUGGUUGAGCUAACAUGUUAUAUUCUUAAGAACGCAGUCUCACUUGAGUGUCUUACACUGGACACCAUUUAUGGUGCUAAUAGGUGUUAUUUAGGAAAUUCUAUUCUCAUGGAAUGCGAUCCCAUGAGUAAGGGUAUUCUCAUGGAAGCACCUAGAGCGGUCGCGGCUAUCAGAACAUACAUUGAGGAUAAAGUUCCCCCUGCAGUUAAUCUGACUGUUCUGAAGCCCUGCAGCCGGUGCCAUGCUGAUGGAGGAUUUUGAGUUUGAGGUGUAUAAUAAGUUAUCGUAAUAGGUAAUGUGUGAUUAUCUAAUUUAAUUUUAAAUGAACCAUGCUUUGUUUCUUGGAUUAUUGGGCCUGUUCAAUAUUUAUUGUAAUACUCCUAGAUGCGACAUGUAGGCUUUGUUUCUUGUAUUAUUGGACCUGUUCAAUGUUGAGUUUCCUUGAUGACAUAUGUGGAUUUUUGUUUCUGGAUAUAAGCUGACAUCAUAAGU